UAUUCGAGAGAGAGAGAGAGAGCGAGCGAGCGAGCCAGCCGCAGGUGGUCACGUGAUAGCGAGCCGAGGCUGACUGAGCUGUUCCUGUUCGUGCCUUGUGCUGUAGAAUGCAGUGAACUGGAAGAGAGGGAGAGAGAGCGAGAGAGCGAGAAUCCCAGCAGCACAGCAGGGAAAGAUCCCCCAGUAUUUCCUUGCCAGGAGCUGGCAUCAUGACCCUAUCUGCGUAAUGGAACUACAGCUGCAACCCAAAGCAUUGGGUAGUUAGAUACGCAUGAGUGAGGGGAUCCCUGUUGGUAUGUGGAAGCGAUUUUAUUCCUGAAGCAAUAUCAUUAUUUGGAGUGGACUGGUUCACCCUAAUGGCUUGGAUACAUCACAAAGAUUCCUCUCUAUCUUUCCACCAGGGAGCAGAAGCAAACUGUUGGGAAUCAGUGUUUCUCCGGUAAUCGAACUCUUAGCACCUGGAAGGAAGCAAUGCCCUUGGAUGAUGAAGCUGUGCCUGAGCAGCAGACAGCAAAUGCUCAACAGGAGAACUCUGAGCCCAUGAGCGAGGAGAUGCUUCGCAACGCCUAUCACCUUUCCCGGUUACGGAGCUCCUCGGUAGAAAUAAGGGAGAAAGGGUCAGAACGGCUGAAGGAGGAGCUGGCAAAGGCACAGAGGGAGCUGAAGCUGAAGGAUGAAGAAUGUGAGAAGCUGUCUAAAGUGCGGGAGCAGUUGGAGCAGGAGCUGGAAGAGCUGACAGCUAGUCUCUUUGAGGAAGCACACAAGAUGGUGAGAGAAGCAAACACUAAACAAGCUGCAGCUGAGAAGCAGCUUAAAGAAGCACAGGGGAAGAUUGAUGUGUUACUGGCAGAGGUGACUGCAUUGAAGACACUGGUUAUUACAUCGACACCAUCAUCUCCCAAUAGAGAGCUACAUCCACAGCUCCAGAAUCCCUCGAAAGCCGUCUUUAAAAAGGGCCAUGGUCGCAACAAAAGCAUGAGCAGUGCCAUCGUCACAGCAGCCACACAGAAUGCUCAGUUGCAGACAAUAAAUAAGGAUAGUAGGGAGAUGGACCUGAUUUUAUUUGAUGAGUUCCAGGCAUGGAAGGAGGAACCGACUCUGGAUAAGGCUUGCCCAUUCUUAGAAAGGAUUUACCAAGAAGACAUUGGUCCAUGCCUUUCCUUCGCCAAACACGAGCUGACAGAAGCGGUUCAAGCUGCCGUCGAGAGCAACACGUUGAGUAUUGAACCAGCAGCUGUCCAAGCGCUACCAGUGGUCAAAGCUUCAGCUGUAGAGUGUGGUGGACCAAAUGGGUGGCAGGCUGAAGUAGUGACGAAAUGCGCAUUGAGUGGCCUGUCCAGAACCUGUAAGCAUCGCAUCAAGCUGGGAGACUCAGGAAGUUAUUUCUACAUUUCACCAUCCUGCAGGACCAGGAUUACUGCUGUUUGCAACUUUUUGACAUAUAUCCGGUAUAUUCAGCAAGGCCUGGUCCGACAAGAUGUGGAACAGAUGUACUGGGAAGUUAUGAAGCUGAGGAAGGAAAUGUCAAUUGCUAAACUAGGGUAUUUUACUGAGGAGUCAUAGUCCCUAAGUUUGUGUUCCAGAUUUAGCGCUAGGCUACACAAUUGAAUUUUGAGGGGCUAUUAAUUACAAACGAUUGAUUUAAACAAUGGAAGAAAUAAUGUCUUCUGUAAACAAGAACCCUUUGCUUUCAUGAAAAAGACGAAUUGAGCAAGUGUGGUAAUGUAUUCAGAAUUUAGUACCUCCUAUAUCCUGGCCUUGUGCUAUAUUUUUAAACAAAAAUCGAUGCUGAAAGACUGUGAAUAUAUAUAUAUAUAUAUAUAUGUAUACAGGGUAAAUUUUUAUUAUUUUUUAACCUGUAACUUUGUUCUCUAUUCACAAUAGUCAAGAACCUUAUGUAACAUGGAGACAAAUAUCUAUGGAGAAUCAACUGAAGGAAAGUGUUUAUUCCCUUUAAUGUAAUAUUCCCUUAAUUUUCUUGUGGAUUCCCCACUGCCCACGAUUCUGGACUCUGGCAUGAAUAAUAAUCAGUUGAUUAUAUCUGCAUUGAUGAGCUCAACACCAGCUCAUGAAAAACCUUGAGGGUGGGCAGUUAAGUAAAACUUGUUGAAUUUUUUUUACUCUUUCAUGCUAGGAGACAUUAGUAUCGAUGCUAUGCCAGAGAAUUGAGCAGCAAAAGGUACAAGAUUUGCUGUAAUAUGCGGAAACACAAGGUUGAUGUGUUGAUUAAGUUCCUUAAAAGUGGCUACCUUGCAAGUUCAAGAUGUAGCAUUAAGGCCAGUCCAGCAAUGACCACUCUGCUCUAACACCCCUUUGGAAAUCUCUCUCCAGUACAUUAACAAACAUGUCCACAUUGUCAUGUUGCCUUUGUGCUCUCCGCAAGGUCUAGCCAUAGUACUGUAGGAGGUUGUGAAUAAAACAUGCGAGAGUCACUUUAUGUGCUUAACAAAAGCCACAGAUGUUUACUUCCAUUAUGAACAAACCAAAAAGCAGUUGCCUUAUGCUGACAUAAUUACAUCAGACACCAUCUCUAAAGUGAAACCAGCAGUUCAAUGACUGUGUUUGUGAAUUUUGUAAAACAGUUUCUACAUAAACAAUCUGUCACCUAUGACAUUACUGUAACCACUGGGCCAGGAUUACAGGCAGGUUCUGGACCUCUUUAAAGCAGGCAAUCCGACAAGGUCAUUUAAAGUUAUAAUAAAUUCUAUUGACAGACAAAGUUUUGUUUAAAAACAUUGUACAUAGAGAGGCAAGUCAGAUUUCACAUAAAGUACAUCUCAGAUGGUGUAAAGUGUGUGAGGUAAAGUGACCACACCAGUAUAACAAUGUGCAAGAGUACCUCAAGCUCACAUGGAUAUUAAAAACUAACCAUACAAAUCCCACAAACUCAAGUUAAGCAAAAUGUGUUAAAUAAUAGAUGACUCGCACAAAGACUUACACUGUCCUGCAGUGUACAAAGGGAGCUGCAUAAGUAACACACCUCAUGUAGGUCACAAGAUCACUGAAAUAAAUCAAUCAAAAUGUUUGGCAGUGGUGCCACUUGCCUCCCCUGUUUGGAGUAGACAAUGGCCCAAACAUGUGUGGGAGCACGCUUUUAGGACAACCUGGGGAAGAAGGUCCCACGCUACUUUCCCUCCAGCUGGAAACAACAGGCGCAAUGUUGAUAAAUAAUUAAUACCUAGCCCACAUACCAGAAAAUGACCUGUGCCCAUACAGCUGUACCUCAUCAAAAUAAACAGUUUUGGGAGCCUAUGGGUGCAAGGUUGAGGGUGUUAUAGGAAUGGGGUGGAUGGAAAGGAAGGUUUAUAGAUAAGUAGUGAAAUAAAUAAAAAUAUAAAUUUUACCACUGUGAAGUUGCAGUAACACUGCUGCAUACACAAAUGCCUCCGUCAGUUGACAGACCCAGUUGCCUAUUAUUGCCAUAAAUCAUUGUCAUUGUUUUUUUUUGAGCUCCUAUAACUUUAUGUAUUUGCCACUGUACUUUUGCAAGAAUCUACUAUCUCAUUAUUGGCAUAUUGUGCUGUAUGUUCCCACUGAUGCGCAUCCUACAGCAGGGAUCUCCAACCAUUUUUUAUGCCAUGGACCAACACCAUUAAGUUGGGAACACCUGUUAGAGUACUAGAGAACCAAUAAUGAGAGUGUCCACUAAAACUAAUAAUAUAUAAGAGGCACCUUGACCCAACACUAUUACGUUAGUGUCUCUUCCCUUUCUGCUGUUCAAUAAAUAUUUUACCUCAGGGCCCAUGAAUCAGUAGAUUCUUCACAUUCCCUUACCGUCCAUUUCUCACAGAAUGGUUUCAUUAUCUGUCAAUCUGGAGAACAUUGUGUCUUCAUGUCUAUUCUUUCUUCCUACAUUUCUGGGUGUACCAUUUUUUUGGUAACUAGCCUCCUGAGCAGUAAGUGUUUUCAUGUUAAAUCUCCACAUAUCACAUAUGUUUUGUGUAAAGACGUGGCGAAGCAUGGCAUCCUGAGAAUGGGUUCCAAUAACUUCCAGGAAGUCACGAUGUAUCAUUCCUAUCGAUGUUUAAUAUGUAUAAAAAUAUUUAUAAUCCAUCUAUUAUAAACAAUGGAUUAUAGUCUUUAUCGUCUAUCCAUUGCCACUAAAGGAGCAUUGUUAAAUGUUUGGUAAGCCUUAAUAAAAAUAAUUUACAACAACUUUCUCCACUUGUAUCUUAGGGUACUGUUUUGUGCUGGGAUUGACAAGUGCUAGAGUCCUGUGGUUGGUGCUAGAGUCAGUCUUCAGUGAGUGAGAACUCCUUAUUUAAACAGGAUGUGUCUCAGUAGACCCUGGUUGUCUAUUCAGUUGAUAUCCACAGUUGGAUUUUCCAGUAAGGUUUCCCUGCCUUAUUUGCCUCUGCAUCUGUGAUGUGGAUCUAGAUUAAUCUGAACGCAGACAACUCAGCUUGUCAGUAUGGUUCAAUAUCAUAACAAGUGGGAUAUUAAGCAGGGGAACCUUUGCUUAAAAAUAUAAGGAAAACAAUAAAUCACAUUGUUAUAUGAUAGCAUGGCAUCUGAGAUGUUGACAUUCCAAAAUGGCAUGGCAUCCUCCUGACCCUUCAUCUUCUAUCUCUUAGAAACUGUGUUUUCCAAACAUUUUUUCCCUAGAGGAAAAAGUGCUCCUUUAAGGUGUGUGGAGAGUUUAUUUUUUAAUUGACUAUUUCAAUUGUUAUUAAUUAGUUCCAGUGUUUGUAUUAUUGGAGAGCAAAAAAUGCACUUUUGCCAAAUGAAAUGCCAAUGGGAUGAAGGGAAUUCUCUUUUUCUUCAGUUUGGUUUGGGCUGACUAUACAUUUAUACAAAUGUCUAAUACGUUCUACAAUGUAUCUAAAAGAAAAUGAGUAAAGUUGAUCAUUUGCUUCUUUGUAUAAACAAACUGAAGUCGAUGGGCACAAUAACAUUGUAUUUUUAGCAUGCUAAUAAAUUAUAGAUUGGAAUCU